GAUUGGUUAAAGAUCUACAUUUUCUCGCGAGAUUUUACGAUAUAUAAACAAUGAGAGGAAAACACCUUUUACUAUUUUUAGACAGAAAUAGAAAGUAGAAGGCAUGGAGGAGAGUCCCACACCAUACCAUCAUGUGAAGUUUAAAGAGUUGGAGAGUUCUGGUCUGAAGAAUGUGGUACAGAUGAGAACAACAUUUAAUGUUUAUCUAGACUUAUGUGAAGUAAGAGGAUGGUGGAAUGUUAAGCUGCAUUGUUGCCUUGACCUUGACCUAGCUUUUAUAUCUGGUCACCCUACAAGGGAGGAACCACGAGAAAUUGUCCUGCCAAUACUGAGUUCAGACAGCAUCAGUCCUGAUUGUUUACAGCAGUAUCUACAAAAUAUAAAAGUGGAUGGUUACGAAACUCAGGGGUGUGUAGUAUAAGG